AUGUCGUUGAGCCCAAAGCACACAACGCCUUUCUCUGUGACAGAUAUUUUGAGUCCAAUCGAGGAGACCUACAAGAAGUUUAGUGCUAUGGACGGCGCAGGGAAUCUAACCUCUCCGCUUGGCGCUUACCGGCAACCUCAGGUCUCUCAACCCGGCAUGCAACAGCACUCCGUGGGUCACAACGCCGCCGUGGCCACCACUUACCACAUGUCACACGGCGUCUCGCAGUUUUCUCACGGUGCCAUGGGAGGAUAUUGCAACGGAAGCAUCGGCAACAUGGGAGACCUCCCGUCAUACCAAGAAAGCAUGAGAAACAGCGGAGCGGCAACAGGGUGGUACGGGGCGAAUCCCGACCCAAGAUAUUCAACAAUUUCUAGAUUCAUGGGACCUUCCACAGGUAUGAAUAUGACCGGCAUGGGGACUCUGACAGGAAUGGCGGACGCCGCCAAGACCAUACCCCCUCUACACUCAGCCCCCAGGAGGAAAAGACGAGUCCUGUUCUCCCAGGCUCAAGUGUACGAACUCGAAAGGAGAUUUAAGCAGCAGAAAUAUCUCUCGGCACCUGAAAGGGAACACCUGGCAAGCAUGAUACACCUAACUCCGACCCAGGUCAAGAUCUGGUUCCAGAACCACAGAUACAAGAUGAAGCGUCAGGCCAAAGACAAAGCGGCCCAGCAGCUGCAGCAGGACAGCAGCGCCUGUCAGCAGCAGUCGCCAAGGCGUGUGGCCGUUCCCGUCCUCGUUAAGGACGGAAAACCGUGUCAGAACGGCUCUAACACGCCAACGCCGAGUCAGCAGCAGGUCCAGCAGCAAAACGGCUCCGGGGUCGUGAUUCCAACUUCCAAUAAUGUUAUUAAUCAACAUCAAAAUCCGCAAGUCAACCCAUUAGUACAGGCCCAAGACCUGGAGGAACUGUCCCCCAGCCCUCCAUCGCUACACAGCCAAAUCAGCACCAUGGCGCAGAUUGACACUUCGGCUGUAGAUUACACUAAUAACAUGGUCAGUUCGAACCUGCUCUAUGGCAGAACGUGGUAGGACUAUUCACGCUUCGUUUCACUUUUUGAUAUACGACGCUGCGGAUACGAGAACGCGUUGAAACCAAGAUCAAGUGACACGUGUAUCAUGUUGAUAUACCCGACUUUGAGACGGUAGCCUGUGAUGACCCAAAGGACUACAUUCUGAAGUGAAGCAACUGU